AUGGCGCCGACGGCCAUCGACGUCGUGGAGCCCAUUCCGCGGCGCGAAGCCUGGAAGCUGCUGCCAGAGCCGACAAUCUAUCCGGUCAAGGACGUCACCCUCGAGGACUUUGUGGAGCCAAGGUCUGACGGCUAUGAGGCCGCCAAGAAGCGCUCGGACGGCGACGCAGCCAUUGUGAUCGACAACGGCUCAUCCGCCGUCCGCGCCGGCUGGUCGUUUGAGAAGGACCCGCGCUUCACCAUCCCACCGACCAUGGCCAAAUACCGCGACCGCAAGCUCGGCAAGACGUUUUCGUUUGUGGGCUCCGACUGCUACGCCGACACAGCCGCCCGCGGCCACAUGCGGAACGCUUUUGAGGCCGGCACGGGCAUCGUGGCGAAUUGGGACGUGAUGGAGCACAUUCUCGACUACACCUUUGUCAAGCUGGGCUUGAACGGCAGCACCGAUGGCGCCGUCGACGUCCCUAUUGUCCUUACCGAGGCCGUGGCCAACUUCCCCUACUCAAGAAAGACCAUGACCGAAAUCGUUUUUGAAUGCUACGGCGCCCCGUCCCUCGCCUACGGCAUCGACUCUCUCUUCUCCUACCGCCACAACAAGGGCGACACCGGCCUCGUCGUCUCGUCGUCCUAUAGCGCCACCCACGUCAUCCCCGUCUACAACUCCAAGGCAGUCCUGUCCCAAGCUAUCCGCUUAAAUUGGGGCGGCUCACAUGCCGCGGACUACCUCCUGCGGCUUGUGCGCCUCAAGUACCGCGAUUAUCUUAGCAACAACCUCAAAUUGCACCAGUCGCAGGCGGAAUACUGGCUCAAGGACUUUUGCUACGUCUCCAAGGACUACGACAACGAGCUGCGCGGCAUCCUGGACUGGACCGGCCUCGAAGACCGCGAGCGCAUCAUCCAGUUCCCCUACACCGAAGAGAUUGUCGUGCAAAAGACCGAGGAGGAGCUCGCCAAGAUUGCCGAGCGCAAAAAGGAGAGCGGCCGCCGGCUGCAGGAGCAGGCCGUCAAGAUGCGCCUCGAGCGGCUCCUCAAGAAGGAGCAGGAGCUCGAGUACUACAAGAGCAUCCAGACGCAGAUUGCCGAGAGCCCCAAAAAGGAGACCAAGCGCCUGCUCGACGAGGCCGAGGUGAAGGACGAGGCCGCGCUCGAGCGCCAGAUCAAGGAGCUCGAAAAGGCCCUCCGCCGCGCGCGGCAAAAGGAUCUGGGCAACGACCCGGAAGAAGAGGCCGAGGCCCCCGACUUCUCGCUGCUCGAGGUGCCCGACGACCAGCUCGACGAGGCCCAGCUCAAGGCCAAGCGCCAGCAGCGGCUGCUCAAGUCGAACCACGACGCGCGCGCACGCGCCAAGGCUGAAAAGGAGGCCGAAAAGGCCCGUGUGGCCGAGGAGGCGCGGCUCGAGGAGGAGCGGCGCACCAACGACUUUGAGAACUGGCUCGAAGAGAAGCGCCAGGCGCAUCUCGAGACGCUCGCCAAAAUCAAGGAGCGCGAGCGGCUGUCCAAGGACAUGGGCAACCGCAAGAACCUGGCCUCGUACAUUCGCAUGAAGAACAUUGCCAAUCUGGCGAGCGACGCACCGUCGGGCGGCACGACGGCUACGGGGCGCAAGCGGCGGCGCGGCGGCGGCGGCGGCGACGACGACGACUUUGGUGCCGACGAUGCCGACUGGGGCGUGUACCGCGACAUUGCCGUCAACCGCGACGACAGCGACGACGAGGAGCGCGAGGAGAACCCCGACGUGCAGCUGAAAGGGCUCGAGGCGCUGCUGCUGCAGUACGACCCGGACUUCACGUACGAGCACACGCGCGAAGCGCAGGACGACUGGAGCAAGAAGAUGCUGCACGCAUUUGAGCGUGGCCCGCGUCCGUUUGACCCGGACAGCCCGGCCGAGCGCCACCAGAUCCAUCUCAACGUCGAGCGCAUCCGUGUGCCCGAGGUGCUGUUCCAGCCGAGCGCCAUUGCCGGCAUCGACCAGGCCGGUCUCGUGGAGAUUGCGGGCGACAUCCUGACGCAGCGCCUGACGGGCUUGGUCGGGAUCGACCGCAACGACUUUUUGCGCGACGUGUUCUUGACGGGCGGCCUGACGCUGUUCCAGAACUUUGACGAGCGGCUGCACGCGGGGCUGCAGGCUUUGCUGCCGGCGGGUGCGCCACUGCAGCUGCGGCGCGCCAAGGAUCCUCUGACGGAUGCCUGGCGGGGUGCGGCCGAGUGGGCCGGGUCGUCGGCAUGGCGCCAGGCUGCUGUGACCCGGGAGGAGUACCAAGAGAAGGGUCCCGAAUACAUCAAGGAACACGACCAAGGAAAUGCAUUCACUUCGACGAGUUAG